AUGGCGAUGGUGCCUCUGGAUGACAAUAAGAACGGCACCGUUGAAGAUCGGAAUUCAUCAGCUGGCGGUUCAACGUGGUGGAAUAUCGAUGGACCGGUGCCGGAUUCUAACGAUAACAGUGGCAUCAACCAUAACUGGUUUCCUCAAGACUUCCUAUUUGGAACUGGAACCCUGCCUUUCAGGUUUAUUUAUGUUGAAGGGGCUGCUGCUAAGGGAGGCAUUAGCAUAUGGGAUGACUUCUCUAUGAGGCUUCCUUGGAAAAUAGCUGAUGGAUCCAAUGGAAAUGUUGCAUGUGAUAUGUACAACAGAUAUAAGGAAGAUAUUGCGAUGAUGAAGAAAAUGGGGUUUAAUUCGUAUAGAUUUUCCAUUUCAUGGGCAAGAAUAUUGCCAGCUGGAAGAUGUAGUGGUGGAAUCAACAAAGAAGGAAUUGCUUACUAUAAUGAUGUUAUCGACACUCUGUUACAACAUGUCUUACCAACUGAGCUGUGCAGGGACGAUUUUCGAGAGUUCGCAGAGGUAUGCUUCUGGGAAUUCGGGGAUCGUGUGAAGCACUGGACAACCUUGAACGAGCCAUGGACCUGCGCCGUGAGCGGAUAUGUUCAAGGCUACAGUCCGCCGGCCCACAAAGUUCCCAUCCCGGGAGACAAACUUUCCACGAAGAUCGCCGGCGUCCCACCCCUCAACUCCACGACCAACGACAAGUUCAUCGCCGCCGACCCCUCCGAGGGGUACACAGCCACAAAAAAUCUUCUCCUUGCACAUGCAGAAGCAGUCGAUCUUUAUCGAAGCAAAUUUCAAGAGGCACAAGGAGGGAAGAUAGGCAUAGUGCUCAACUCCCAUUGGUUUACGCCCUUCGAUGAGCAUUCAGCCGCAGAUGGUGAAGCCGCUUUGAGGGGAGUGGACUUCAUGUUGGGAUGGUUUCUGGAGCCUAUAAUGUACGGGCAUUACCCCAAAAGUAUGGAAGACUACGUUCCACCCGACAAUCUCCCAUCAUUCACACCUCAAGAAGUGAAAAAGAUCCAAGGCUCCUACGAUUUCGUUGGUCUGAAUUUCUACACGGCGCAGUAUGCUUCCGAUGAUCCUCACCCUCCAAAUGGAGAGGGAUACUAUGCAGAUCAAAGGGUUAAGUAUUCCUCAAAGAGGGGAGAUGAGUACAUUGGAACAAAGGUAAUUACUACUAUCUCCUAUUCUAUCUCAUAAGUAUUUCACAUAGUCAACAUUAUAUAAAUUUCACCUCAAUUUCUUUUUAGUCUGGAGCCGUGUGGCUUUACUCUGUUCCAAAGGGGAUUCAUGAGAUGCUCUUGUAUAUGAAUGACAAGUAUCCAGAACUCAAAGAAAUAUAUAUCACUGAAAAUGGUAAGAUUACUUUAUUAGGUAAUAAAACAUACUCUUAUGUUA